AUGUUGGCGCUGAGCGCCGCGCGCCGCCUGCUCCGCGCGCGCGGGGAGCUGCUGGCGGCCAGCGCCGCCCGCUGCAGCAACGGCAACGCCAACAACAGCAACAACAACCGCGGCAGCAGCAGCAGCAGCAGCAGCAGCAACCCGCUCGUCUACCUGGACGUGGGCGCCGACGGGCAGCCGCUGGGCCGCGUCGUGCUCGAGCUGCAGGCUGAUGUGGUCCCGAAGACGGCGGAAAACUUCAGAGCUCUUUGUACUGGUGAGAAAGGCUUUGGAUAUAAAGGAUCCACAUUUCACAGAGUGAUUCCUUCAUUUAUGUGCCAGGGUGGCGACUUUACGAACCAUAAUGGGACAGGUGGAAAAUCCAUUUAUGGCAGCAGGUUUCAAGAUGAAAAUUUCAUACUGAAGCAUGUAGGACCUGGUGUCCUUUCAAUGGCCAACGCAGGACCCAAUACCAAUGGAUCUCAGUUCUUCAUCUGCACGGCAAAAACUGACUGGCUAGAUGGAAAACAUGUUGUUUUUGGUCAUGUAAAGGAAGGAAUGGAUGUGGUGAAAAAAAUUGAGAGCUUUGGCUCAAGAAGUGGGAAGACCUCCAAAAAGAUCGUCAUUACUGACUGUGGCCAGCUGUCGUAACCUGUUACCUACUACUSAGGACAACUUAAAUACUGUGAAAAAUGAUUUAUAAAACAUUUCUAAUCUAAUGAGCAGCACCUAUGGGGCCAUUUACCUUUGGACCUUUUUAUCAUUAACAUUUAAUUAUGGGGCUAUUUGACUUGGUCCUGUUUUUACAGUUCUGUUGAAUGGUACUAAUUAAAAACAAUAAUCAAAACACUUUCAAUGAGCUACCUUUGUAGUAAUUGCUGCAGUAGUUUGAUAAAGAGCCUGGCUGCAUUUGGAAAGGAGUGCAGCUACCCAGAAGCAUUUGUUACUGCAGUGCUGGAGUUAUUGUUAGUUUUUUUGGAUGACUCAGCUGUUAGAAUCAGUGGUGAAGUUGACAGCUAAAUGAACUGGUCAAGAACUGGCUGUUUCCUUUGGUGCCAAUAAAUGAGUACUCUGCUGUAAGUCUCACUGGAAAACUGCAUUGUCUGGUGUUCUUCAGGCUGUCUGYGACAGAACUGACACGCUGUUUCUGACUAAAUCUAAACCUGAGUCCAUUUAAGCCAGUAAAAUCGAUGUGUGUAGUUUUUUUUAAUGCCAAUUAAUUUAUGUAGCCUCAGACCACUGAUUCUUUUAAGAAUGAAAUUUUUCCUGUAUCUGCUUCAAUGGAGCAAUUUGGGUUAAGUAAAUGGCUUAAGACUGAGUGAGUCUGCUGCUCCAGCUCUACCUGUUGAUAAACUAGAAAAAACUAAUCAUGAGACUUUCUAAAUUGGAGCUGUGAAGUGAAAUACUGCUUUACUCUAAGGCCUGAUUCUGUGAAGAAUACAGUAGAGCUUUCAAUAGUAGGAUGUUUUGGUGUACUCARGGUAUAAUGAUUUUGCUUGAAUGUAAAUUUCCACCACCCCUUUUUAUCUUUUUUCUCCCCCUGCUCUCUCUUGUUAACUUGAAACAGUUUGGGAAUUAUUUCUCAGGUCUCAUAUCAAGAGCUGUAAUUCACCAUAUAAUCACAGAGCCUCACUGGUGCUGCAGAAUCACGGGGGUUUAUCCACAAGUGAGAGAAYGGAGGAAAUGCAUUUCACUUAUAUAAACUACUCUAUCUUGUGUGGARCCUUUGAGCAAUAACAGACUUUAGAACUUCACAAUAUCACUUUUAGAAUCACUCAAGCUGUAAAGUAUUAAUGUUGUGGA